AUGUUCCGAUCAGCUUCACGGACAUAUCUCUCGUCGUCACUGCCGCGCUACACGCCCAGAGCGGCCGCCGCUCGAAGGUUUCUCAGUACUGCACCUCCACAUCAGAAGUCCCGGAGUUGGAAGAGCUCAGCUGUGAGAUGGGGUCUCGCGAUUGGAGCAGUGUACUACUAUAACACCAGCAAUGUGUUCGCCGAGGAGCCAGCAUAUGCCGCGCCUUUACCAACAACAGAGCAUGAGACGGAGGAGCUACCCACCGUCGACUCCCUCUCAGCCCGACGACGCCAACGGUCAUCAUCUCUGAAGCCUUCAGAUGCUCCGAACAUAUCAAUAGCGUCGCCCCCAGCGGCGGCUGGAGCUCUUGGGGAAGCUGGCGCAGCAGUAGGGUCGCCCGGAGAGCUUGAGGAGGAAGCGGAUCAACAAGGCGCGUUCAAUCCAGAGACGGGAGAGAUCAACUGGGAUUGCCCGUGCUUGGGUGGUAUGGCUCAUGGCCCCUGUGGCGAGGAGUUCAAGGCGGCCUUUAGCUGUUUCGUCUACUCCAAGGAAGAGCCAAAGGGCAUGGAUUGCAUUGACAGGUUCAAGGGCAUGCAAGACUGCUUCCGACAGCACCCAGAUAUCUACGGAUCUGAACUCGAUGACGACGACGACGACGAAGAAGCAAACGAAGCGAGCGCACCGCACGGAGAGGGCGUUGCUGCUCCCUCCUCCAAUGCAGAACGCUCAUCCCCACCAAACCCUCCUCCACAGCACGAGCGCGCCGAGAAGGUAGCGGAUGUCAAGCCGCACCACCAACCUGAGCCACAGCAUGAACAGCAGCAAAACCAGGAACGGGCGAAGGGCGCGGCACAGCAGGUGUCGCAGGACCACGCGCCACAGAGCGAGAGUAAUGAUCUCGUGCCGAAGUCGGCGCAUGACGCCAAGUCAAGCAACGAGAGCGAGUAG